UGGAACCCACAGAAGUGCACGAUCUACAGAGCAAUCAACAUGGCAGAUAAGUCAGAUAACGAUGAAAGCUCAAUAAACAAUAGAUGGAUGUGGUAUUAUUUGAGAAGAGAUGAGAGUACGGAGUAUGACAUAUGCAAUAUAUGUAAUAAAGCAUGUACUCGUUCUCACAAACACCUGACAAAAAAACAUAAGCUUAACAAAGAUAUAGCUAAUGAACUCAAAAUCUGGGUAAACGACCAACUUCUUUUAAUUAAGGAAUGCGAAUCUUGCGAUCAAUUUAAAGAAUCUGAUAUUUUUAAUAAAAUGAUACAUUUAGUCCAAGCUCAUCGUGUCAUCGUGCUUCCGAAAUUUAUACCAACAGGUUUAAAGGAUUGUACAUGGAUGUGGUAUUAUUUGAGAAGUGAUACGGAGAAUGAAAUAUGUAAUAUUUGCAACAAAGAUUAUAUCAUUGCACACCGAUGCAGUAUGAAUUUGCAUGUGUCAAGACAUCCUAAUUUAUAUAAUCGCUUAGAAAUACAUAAUAACUUUACUCCUACUGAAACCAAUGGAGUAAAAUGUAAUUAUUGUUCUCAAAUUUAUAUGCCAUUCUUGAAUCCAAGUAAGAAGAUGCAUAGUCACCUGACAAAUAUACAUGAGCUUAACAAAGAUAUAGCUAAUGAACUCAAAAUCUGGGUAAACGACCAACUUCUUUUAAUUAAGAAAUGCGAAUCUUGCGAUCAAUUUAAAGAAUCUGAUAUUUUUAAUAAAAUGAUACAUUUAGUCCAAGCUCAUCGUGUCAUCGUGCUUCCGAAAUUUAUACCAACAGAUUUAAAGGAUUGUACAUGGAUGUGGUAUUAUUUGAGAAGUGAUACGGAGAAUGAAAUAUGUAAUAUUUGCAACAAGGAAUAUAUCAUUGCACACCGAUUCAGUAUUAUUGCGCAUGGGUCAACUUCACAUCCUCGUUCAUAUAAUCCAUUAGAAAAACAUAAUAACUUUACUCCUACUGAAACCAAUGGAGUAAAAUGUAAUUAUUGUUCUCAAAUUUAUAUGCCAUUCUUGAAUCCAAGUACGAAUAUGCAAAAACACUUGACAAGUAAACAUGAGCUUAACGAAAAUAUAGCUAAUGAACUCAAAAUCUGGGUAAACCAGCAACUUGAUAUAAUUAAGAAAUGUGACAUUUGCGAUCAAUUUAAAGAAUCUGAUAUUUUUAAUAAAAUGGUACAUUUAGUCGAAGCUCAUCGAGUCAUCGUGCUUCCGAAAUUUAUACCAACAGGUUUAGAGGAUUGUACAUGGAUGUGGUAUUAUUUGAGAAGUGAUACGGAGAAUGAAAUAUGUAAUAUUUGCAACAAAGAAUAUAUCAUUGCACACCGAUGCAGUAUGAAUUUGCAUGUGUCAAAAUCACAUCCUAAUUUAUAUAAUCGCUUAGAAAUACAUAAUAACUCUACUCCUACUGAAACCAAUGGAGUAAAAUGUAAUUAUUGUUCUCAAAUUUAUAUGCCAUUCUUGAAUCCAAGUACGAAUAUGCAAAAACACUUGACAAGUAAACAUGAGCUUAACGAAAAUAUAGCUAAUGAACUCAAAAUCUGGGUAAACCAGCAACUUGAUAUAAUUAAGAAAUGUGACAUUUGCGAUCAAUUUAAAGAAUCUGAUAUUUUUAAUAAAAUGGUACAUUUAGUCGAAGCUCAUCGAGUCAUCGUGCUUCCGAAAUUUAUACCAACAGGCGUAACAGAAAUAGUACUCAAUCUUUUUCAUGGUGAUGGAAACAAUGUAGAUAGUUCAACGUUAAGCAGCAAUCAGCAGCCAACUUGUAAUACUUCGAGAACUGACGUUGAGAAUGUUGAUUCCGAUUUAAAUACCGAUAGGACUGUGGAGUCUACUGAAAAAUAUAAUUGGACUGAAUAUAUGCAUAUUUCGCCAUCAACGAGCUUUUCCUCAUAUGGUGAUACUGAUAAGUAUAUGUCAGAUGUCAAGGAAAGCACAUUAUCAGAAAAAUUAUACAAUCUUUUUCAUCGUGAUAGGAACACCGCAGAUAUUCCAACGUCUAGCAGCAAUCAGCUGCCAACUUGUAGUACUUUGAGAACUGACGUUGAGAAUGUGGGUUCCGAUUUAAAUCCUGAUGAGACAGUGGAGUUUACUGAAGAAGAUAUUUGGGCUGAUUAUAUACAUAUUGCACCCUCUGCUGAUAGUGAGGAAAUUGAUUCUAUUUAUAACAUCGAAGUGGAUAAGUUAUUUGGAUGUAAUGGAGAAAAAAGUCAUCCGAUGUCAUUCUAUGAAUAAUUAUUUACAAUGCUUUUUUAAUGUAACAUAAAGCAAAAUAGUACAAAAUUAUAAUGAUGACUGUUUUGCGAACAUAUUUUUUGUUAAUCAACUACUUAUCAGGCAACUGCGUUUUAAAUUAUUUAUACUUAUAAUACUUUAGUUUUUGUUAUAAGAAAUUGCUCAUUA